AGCUGGCAACUGCAUCGAAUUUGCUCAAAUGCUCGCGCUAAAACUUUAAAGAGAAUUUCAUAAAAUUGUUAAAGUAUAAGGUACAAAAAAAAUCGUAUAAUUAAAUUUAUAGUGUAAAUUCAAUAGACAAAACCACUGUCAAUAUGUCUGGAUUUUCCUUUGGAAACCCGUCACAACAACAGGCGGCUGGUUUYAGCUUCGGCGCACCAGCAGCGCCGGCGGCAGCUAGCACGCCAGCAUUUGGAGCUGCUGCAGCGCCUGCAUUUGGUGCGAGUGCUACAACAGGCACAACCGCUUUUGGCGCUACAGGAUUUGGAGCAACAACUACAGCACAAGCGCCUGCAUUUGGAGCGACCGGKAAUCCAACGGCAACCGUUGCACCRUUCGGAGCAAGUGCUACAACGRCAGCACCUGCUUUUGGCGCUGCACCUACAGCGUCUGUAGCGCCGACCUUCGGUACACCAGCGCCAGCGUUCGGUGCAACUGCUGUCAKCAGCGCAGCACCGUCUUUUAACUUUGGUGGWUUGGGUGGAACAGCUACAACAGCAGCAACAAGUGCUGCGCCCGCAUUUAGUUUUGGUGGACUUGGUGGUACGGCUGCCACAAGUACWKCGACUUCAACAGCUCCGKCGCUCGGUUUCAGUGGGCUGGGAGGUGGUUUGUCAUUUGGUAAGCCCGCCGGUACUACAACAUCRGCUAGUUUAAAUUUCGGCACAACAACUACGUCUGUGGCAUCGGGCGGAAUGUGGAAGCCAACUGCCACCUCAACCACAGCAACAGCUACACCGUUUGUUGGUCUGGGCGGUGUUGAUGUUAGUUCAACGCAACCUAAAGCAGGCGAUCUCAAACAAGAUAGCGUCAAAAUCAAAGAAACUAUUGUGCCCGAUGAGAUUGCGAAAACUGUCGACGCGCUUAAAACUCAUAUAAAAGGACAAAAAACACUUUCCUCAGAUAUUGGACGUACAUCCACUUCGAAAUUGUCCAAUGUGUCCAACGAAAUAAACAAUAUUCAGUGGGCGCUCCAGGAGAUUUCUAAUUCAGUAGACACAAAUUACAAACAAAUAAAGCUGCUUCGCAAAGAAACUUCAAAAACCAUACAGGCUGUGGAAAUGGCGCAACGCACGCAGGAUACGCCCGCUGGGCUACAAUUUGAAAAUACGGCACCAUUUCAAUUCUUCCUGGGCUUAGUGGCCAAGUACGAACAGGAUUUGAUCAAUUUUCGGCAGCAAAUCGCGCUGACUGAGCAUCACAUGCGCUCAAUAACUAAUCCGCAGGCAGUGUCGCCCGAUGAUCUAAAGCGUGGUUUCCGACAAAUAAACGAGAGUUUCAUAUCGCUCGCCGGCCGUUUGCAUGAAUUGCACCAGAAAGUUGAAACACAGAAAGAACAAUAUCUUAACUUGCGAAAAUAUCGCCUACGCGAUACUACAAAUGUAUUCGCAAAGAUCGAUAACCCCGAAAGCAAGGUGGACACAACAAAUAUUACCUGCGGACCAACACCAUUUUCCAAUAUUUCUGCAAUGAGUGCAUUUGGAAAGAGUUUUAACAAUGCAUCCGCUGCGGCGGGUAGAAGUGGGACCACAGCAACGGCUGGUGCCAAAUGAUGGGAGUAAUUGASAAUUAGAUUGUUUUAUUAAAUUUUUCACUGAUUUUAAAAAAUUGGAAUAUAACCRUUAUCACUUAAUAUUUGCAAAUGGUUUUGAAUAAAAGAUAGUACGUUUUGAAAAAUUUGAAA